GUGUUGUUUACAUGUAGGAUAACGAUCAGAAAUAACUGCCCUCGUAUGCCAUGCCAUCGUUGUCGAUAAACGGGAGAUUAACGUUUUAUCGACCAUAAUCUUUUUUUAUUUAAUUUGUAGUUACUUGAACUGAUAACCGUGGAUCAAUCGUAGAACAUUGUGCUUUGUGUCCGUAUAAAUUCUCUGACCUCAUUCUAACAUCAUAUUUGGUGCGGAUGUUAUUGAAAGAAAAAUGUGCACCUGCUUGAAAGUGAUUUCUCUUUGGAUUGUAUUAGCUACCGCGAGCCUAAUUUACUCUGAAAAAUGCAGUACGUCGACGAUGGCAGACAUAGUAUUCAUGGUGGACGGGUCUGGCAGUGUUCAGAAUGCGGGCUUCCAGUCCGCCAAGGCAUUCAUGUCGCAAUUUGUUGACCUUUUCAACAUAGGCCCAUCCCACACGCAGAUUGGGGUCAUGAUUUAUUCGAGCCAGAUUACCUUCCCAAUACUUUUAAAGUCUUAUUCGUACGCGAACGAAUUAAAAAAUGCAAUAAACGGAAUAAGCUGGCCGGACGGCGGCGAGGAUACUACUGCAGCCCUAAGGCAGCUGAUGGCUACCAUGUUCAUAGAAACCAACGGCAAGAGGAGCAAUGCUACACAAAUUGUUAUUAUUGUCACCGACGGUGCUGCUACCGAAUCGACCGUGACAGAGGCCAACAAUGUGAAAAGCAAAAGCGUCGUGAUCUACGUAGCGUCUAUGACCAACUCCCCCGGCAUCAUGGAUAGAGUCGUGUCUGCGCGAGAGUACUUGCUGUCGGCCACUGACUACAGCAGUCUGCCGACGCUAGUGGGACCGUUGUCUGCGUCCGCAUGUGAGGCGCUCCACACUUGCCUUCCAACCACGUGUCAGAAUGGCGGCACGUGUCACAUGGGCAGUACGGCGUACAGCUGUGAGUGUCCCGCCAUAUACACCGGCUGGCACUGCGACCUAUCAAUAUGUUCCGUUAGUCCGUGUGGCAAUAGGGGCCAGUGCAAUAUCGAAGGUAACACAUGGAAAUGCACGUGCUAUGCUGGAUACACUGGGGCUACCUGUUCUACUGACAUCGAUGAGUGUGCGAGUUCUCCCUGUGUACAUGGCACGUGCUCUGACCGGUUGAACGGGUACACGUGUCAAUGCGAAUCAGGCUUCACCGGUAUCAAUUGUGAACAAGAUAUUGACGAGUGUGUUUCCGGUCCAUGCGUUCACGGCACGUGUCACGACCACGUGAAUGCCUUCUCUUGCACGUGCAGUGCAGGGUAUACAGGGAUCCUGUGUGAGAAAGACAUCAAUGAGUGCGAGAGUGCUCCCUGCCAGAACGGUGGAACCUGCAUAGACAAAUUGAACAUGUUUGAGUGCGCAUGUGCCGAUGGAUACUAUAACCUGCAGUGUGAAACAAAUAUCUGUCAGCCCACAAUGGCGGACGUGAUAUUCCUCAUAGACUCAUCUGUCAGCCAGUCACGUGACCAGUUUACCAGACAGCUAGAUUUCGUCACCCAGUUCAUAGAUCACGUGGUUGUUGGGGCGGAGAACUUUCAGUUUGCAGUCGUCACGUUUUCCUUCGAGGCGAACGUCGAGAUUGGAUUGGCCGAAUUCAACGACAACGUCACUCUGAAGGAAGCCGUGAAAAACAUACCAUUCCGUCCCGGAGGAACAUUCACACACAAGGGUUUGCAGACGGUGUCGGAACUUGUCGCUAAUUCUUCCUCCGCAAGGCCAUUCAACCAUUCUGCUAGACGCUAUGUUGUUCUCUUGACGGACGGAAUGUCGAUCAACAGAGCAGAAACUAAAAGAGUUGCAGAAGGUCUGAAACAACAGAUCUUUAAACUGAUAGCCAUUGGGGUCGGUCCCGAGGUGUCCCAUCGAGAGUUGCUGGAUAUCGCGUCUCCAGGCGACCCAAGGACGCCUCAGUACGUGUUCGCCGUCAGUAACUUCAAUGCCCUCUUCACCAUCGUGGCGCAGCUUGUUCACCUCACGUGUCAAGAAUGCACAUGGGACACGGCAACAGAUGUUGUGUUUCUAAUUGAUAUGUCGACGGGGAUGUCGCAGGUGGAAGUGGACCUCGGAAUCGACUCGAUGACGUAUUUGCUGAACAGACUUCUGGACACACGCUACAAUACGACAGUACGGGCCGCUCUUCUAUCCUACGGAAAUGAGUUCCGCGUUCACCGUAGACUGGAUGAACCCAUGGAGUCUCUACGAGAUUACAUACAGAUACUGACUGUGUCUAAACACUGUGACGCAAGUGCAUGCCGCAAACAGAGUCGGAGCCGGUCCUGUCACAACGACGAUUGUGACGUCAUAAGAAGUCUGGCACGAGCUUUUGCUCACUUGAAUAAAAGCAUGUUUAAAAAUAAUGAAAAUAAUACUCGGGAGGUCAUAGUUAUGAUCAGUAAUGGCAGGCACGACAUUGAUACUUCAGUCCGGGCACUUGUCAACGACUUAGUCCGUACAGGAAAGAUAGUGCUUGCGAUUGGAGUCGGAGAUAUUUUGAAGGUCGAUUCCUUCAAACAGAUGGUGGAAGAUCCUUCUCACAUCUACACCGUAGAGUCGAAGGAAUCUGUGAAUGUGCUAGACUCUGUUAUGACGGAGAUUGUAUACAGCUCGUGCGCGCUUUCAAACGAUUUUAAUAAUGAACCAUAACAUUUAUUCGUAUAAUUGAUAAGUUUGAGAAACCAUGUGGUACAUAAAAUAAAUGUAAUCAAUUAACGAAACGUGCAUGUUUGAAAAACUUAACUAAAACGCUAAACGCUUAACUAAAACGCUUAGUAUUUGUGCCGAAUGCCAAUUCAUGUAUUAAGGACAACGUUGUCGUCAGUACGAUGUCAUUGACGUCACCAUAACGGCGAGACUGCACCGUAAACAGCGGCCAAGGUGCAUCUAGUAGAAUCGAAAGUUGUAUCGAAUUUACUCGCUUUUUUUUGACAAAAAGCUAAAUGUGCUCAAACGCGCUCUGAUAUCGUCUUUUAUACAAUGUACAAGUCCGAAAACGCGUGUUCUCGUUAGUGGGCCAAAGUUAUAUCCGGCUAGAGAUUAGCAGACAUGAGAAUAGAGAGUGUAUAUAGAUAGAGGAUAGAGUGUUGAGCAAAAGAGUGAGAGUAUAAAUUAAGGUGAGAGAGAGACAGAGAGAGAGAGAGAGAGAGAGAGAGAGAGAGAGAGAGAGAGAGAGAGAGAGAGAGAGAGAGUCGUAGAAAACUAGUGUGGAAGUUGAAAGGAAAGUGGUGACAGGAAAGAGAAGGUGAUGAAAGACAUCGAGUUACCACGACCAGUACCCGAUGGUACUCUUAGAGCCCGGGCAACCCCGUCUACCGGACAGAGUUAAAAGAUCCGCUUGCACGUAUAGCAAUCUGUGUAGCGCACAAAUUACGGUUUCGAACUCUUUGGUUACCUUUUUAUACCGUUUUGCUAUAUUUUUCGAAAACGUUUGUGUUUCUCGAUAGAAAUGUAGAAUUUAAUUAUGACAGCGCGGCAAGUUAACUUAGGAACUGCAUACUAUGCUGUAUUAUACUUGUUAUGCAUCGAAUGGUUUAUAAUACAUUAUUCAUUGAAACCACAGAUUUUUUAGAAAAUAUCGCGUUGUAAGCACAUGCACGUAAAUUUACUUGUAAGCUGGUGGCAGUGAUUUAGUAUUAAGUAUUGUGUUACUAUUCUUUUACGUGCAAAUAAAUGACGAAGUGUUUUGUAUCGCCAUACAUUACUAUAUAAGUUUGUAUAUAUCUACUUAACUUAGGCCUACUAACAUUAUGUACAUGCUUCUGCUAGUGGCUGAGCUUAGAAGCACAAUUGGAAACACAAUGACUGACAUAUAAACAGGCUCAUAUGAUUACUGAUAUAUCUGUUUUUGUUCCAUGUGUUAUUAGAAUGUAAAAAAUAUGGAUGAUAUAACAUUAUGUUUG